CAAACGAGCGUCGAUGCCCGCCGGUGUAACGUAGUGCGGGGGUUGAGUUUUGUGGCACUUUUUCUAUUUUCUCUUUUUUUUUUUUUUCUUUUUUUUUUCUUUUGAUUUUAUCCUUUCGUUGCAAUCGUGCGGUUUUCGAUUGGUUGUGCGCGGGAGUUUUUUUGGAUUUUCCCGGACAACUUUCAUGAGGACGACGAGCCGGGGAGGCUGAUGCGUCGCUGCUCCUUCGAGGAUAAGGCCGAGGAGAGACUCUUAUCGAGGCAGAAUUGGCGUCCCAGCUUGGACUAGCCGACCGCACCCAAGCCCCAUAAGCACCAGCAGCCCCCUUUAUCACCACUUGGGCCUCUCUCGGGCUGCUUUGUACCUGCGUACCUCGAAGAAGUCACAAUGGCGGGCGAGGACCAGUUGACGCUGUCCAACGGGGGCAGUGGCGAGCCGGUGACGAUCAUCCCGGCGAACGGCAAACUGACGAACGGCAACGGGGUCCACAAGGACAAGCCACGGAAGCACAACAACAACGGCUCGAUACCCGCGAAGAACGGCAAGUGCAAGGAGGACCAGCAGCACGAGAUCGUCGCGCUGGAGAACGGCAAGGGCUGCGCGGACGACAAGUCGAGCAGCUUCCGGACGGAUGAGCUCGAGGAUAUGGACGAUAUCACCUGCGGUUGGGGGCCGUUCAAGCCGGCCUGGCUCCAGGUCUUUGCCACCAAGCAGAUGUUCCUCGUUAUAUUCUGCGCCACCUGGGUUCUCCAGGGCAUGUACUCCACGUACUUCGUCUCGGUGAUAACGACGAUCGAGAAGCUCUUCCAGAUCCAGUCAAAGACGACGGGGCUGAUCAUGUCGGCGACCGAGAUCGGCCAGAUCGGCUCGUCCCUUCUGUUGACGUACUACGGGGGCCAGGGCCACAGGCCGAGGUGGAUAGCUUGGGGCAUGGUGCUCUUUGCCGUCUCGUCCUUCACCUGCUCGCUACCCCAUUUCAUCUUCGGCGAUCAGCUCAUCAAGCAGAACGAGCUGCUCUUCAACGGUGGCACCCUCAGCGGCGAUGUCAACGGGACGAAUUUCAGUCUGCCCAUACCCGCUAAUCUAUGCAAAUACGCCGAUCGCAACGACAACGCGAGUAUUAAUUCGUGGUCCGUGUACGCUCACCACGAGCAGCGGACCGACACCGACGCCUACUGCAAGGGCGAUUUCUUGGCCGACCGGCAGAUCCAGAAGAAAAUCGUCACCAUAGUCCUCGCCAUAUUCUUCGUGUCGCUCCUGGGGGUCGGCAUGGGCCAGACGACCGUGUACACCCUCGGAAUACCCUACAUCGACGACAACGUCGCCGGCCGGGAGAGCCCGCUCUACUUUGCCAUAACCAUCGGUGUGAGGAUCCUCGGCCCGGCCAUGGGUUUCAUGCUCGGCUCGCUCUGCACCAUGGUAUACGUCGACUUGUCGUCCAAUCCGCCGAUCACUCCCUCGGACCCGAGAUGGAUGGGCGCCUGGUGGCUCGGUUUGGUCCUCAUAUCCUCGCUGCUGAUUCUAGUCUCUGUGGGUAUGUUUGCGUUUCCAACGCGACUGCCGAAGAGCAGAACACCACCCAAGAGGAUCGGUGACUCGAAGAAGCCUAGUCUCACAGAUUUUCCAAAAUCCGUGAAACGCCUGCUGAAGAACGACAUCCUCAUGCUGCGCACGGCCAGCAGCGUCCUCCAUCUCCUGCCGAUCGCCGGCCUCUACACGUUCCUACCCAAGUACCUGGAGAGCCAAUUCCGGCUGGCCGCCCACAACGCCAACUUCGUCUCGGGUAUCGGGGGUAUCCUCGUCAUGGGCUUGGGCAUCAUCGUCAGCGGCUUCUUCAUCAUAAAGUUCAAGCCCAACGCGCGCUUCGUCGCCGCCUGGAUCGCCUUCACCGCGGUCGCCUACGCCAUCGGUAUGGGCAUACUCAUGUUCGUCGGCUGCACCAUGAACGACUUCACCGGUAUCACUACCAACGGCCAAGGAAUUUCCAAGUUCGAUCCGGUGUGCGACACCACUUGCGAGUGCGACCAAAACAAGUUCAGCCCGAUCUGCGGUGUCGAUGGCAAGACUUACUUCUCGGCCUGCCACGCCGGCUGCUCCAACUACACGGUCUCGGACGGCAGAGUCGUCAACUUUACCGACUGCCAGUGCAUUGGAGCCGGCGCCGCGAACCAGUCCCUGAGGCUACCGGCGGCCAUGCCGGGCACCGCCAAGACCGGCUACUGUCCGCUCGACUGCAACAACUUUUACAUCUACGUGGGCCUGUUCUCGCUCUUCGUGUUCAUACACUCGACGAGCGAGGUCGGCUCGAUGCUGCUGAUCCUGAGGUGCGUCGACCCGCGCGACAAGGCCAUGGCCCUCGGCCUCAUACAAUUCGCCAUUGGCCUAUUCGGUAACGUUCCAUGCCCGGUGGUGUACGGGGCGGUGGUGGACUCUGCCUGCCUCGUCUGGGAGUGGUCGUGCGGCGAGCGAGGGGCAUGCUGGCUGUACGACUCCAACGUCUUCAGGAUGUUCUUCCACGGUACAACGGGGAGCAUAAUGGCGUUGGCCUUCUUGGUGGACAUAAUAGUGUUUUACAGGGCAGGUAGUAUUAAUUUCGUCGAGGACAGGGACAACGAGGGGGGUACGGCCGAGGAGAUGGCGAACCUCAAGGUCGUGGAGAAGGAGUACCUGCUGGCCAGGCCGAACGGCGAGUCUUGCUUCGCGCCGGGGAAGCACGAGGACGCGCUGGGCGUGGUAGUCGUCGACGAGGCGCUGCUGAUAGAUAAGCACCGCCAGACCACCGACGCGAGCUAAAAACCUAUAUACUGUUGUUUCCCUCGUCGUGCACCAUAAUUAUAUUGUAUAUUUGUAUACCCUCUUCGACGGAGAGGCUGAUGCAUGAUCCGCGCGAGUGUAUCCAUUGACUCUGUGCGUGCGUGUGUUUGUGUGUCGGGAUGAGCUAAGGCUGGCUCCUUAUAUACAUGCGCGCGGCUCCGCAUGGAUUGCGGGACGCGUUUACGGAUCGAAAUCGUAUAGGUAUUUUCCUCUGCGGGUUGCGUAAUCAUUGUACCACGUGUUGUACGGGCCAUUUGCCGGAAAGCGGUCGCCGGCUGCCUUUGGCGCCGACACAUGUAUAUCAGUUAAUAUUUUUCUGAACCGAGAAUCGAUGAUGAUGAACUUUGACGCAAUAUGUUAUGUACACGUGGACGGGUGUUGUCAAAGGGGUGCGUGUUAAUUGUGUAAAUACAUAACAAAAGUUGCGGGGCGAGAAGUGUCGAGAUCCAAGGGAAGAGUCCAGAUUGAUGAUCCGACUAUUGCCCUCGCUUUUGAGAGAGAAUGUAAUACUAUAUAGGAAACGAACCAUGGGUGAGCUUUAAGUGAGACUGUUUGUUUUUUCUUCUUUGUUCAAUAGCAUGAUGAUUUUUGGGGUAACUUCCGGACAAAUGACUCGAAAAGUUAACACAACAAUCCAUAUUGGUCCAAAAGUAGGUAACUUUGAUUUUUUUUUUAAAUGAUUUGAACAAUCAACAGUUAUCGUUUACCCAGUUCUUUUAUCCUUCAACUGUAGAGAAAGCGAGAAAAGGAUGAUGUGCAGGAUUUUAUUGUAAAAUCACAUAAUUGCUCGAUAUUUUUUGGGCGAGCCUAUAAGUUGAUGAUUUUUUUUACUAUCAUAUACUUUUGCGGGUUGAUUUUAUUACUUUUAUUAUUACUAUUAUUGCUAUUGCUCAUUUGUAUACUGUACGCGUGAACGCCGAUUUUUGACGUUUGCGUAGGAUUUCACAGAGACUCGACAAGACGGCUUUUAAGAUUAAGGUUUGAGAUUCAACAUAUCUCGAAUCGUCGUUAUUUAAUUUUUACAAAGCGUACAAUACUUAUUGCGAGGUAGACCAUAAGAUCAUUGCUUUU